UGACAGCGCCCGAUGAUGCUUGACUCCAAGCCUUCGUGGGCCUUUAUUCCUACUAUGCUAGGGUUUCAUUGACAUCGCCUCAACGACUCCUACGCGCUCCACCUUACAUGUCCGAUCACUACUGUCCCCGCACACGAGUUAUCUCCAGGCUUCACUGAUCCGCGUGGUCGCAUUCGAAACCCAAUCGUUGCACGAACUAUUGACAAUCGAGCGUUUGAUAAUACGUACGCAUAUCCCCUUUAUCGGGAGGAUAGAUCAAUCUCGAACACCGAAAAUGCCUCCCAAGCGCACCCGUCAGACACGGCUAGACUUUAGCAACGCUGCUAAAAAGCGAAAAGUCAAACCUGACGAUGACGGCAACGAUGCGCCCGCUUUUGCGACACCGAAGGAAUCUCCUGAUCUGGGUAAAAUUACACCACAAAGGCGCGAUGUUCAAAGGGGCAUGGAAAUGGGAUCUUCGGUGCUCCGAAACCGUAAAGGCAUGUUCGGCAGUUCUGACAAUGAGAACUUUGCUUUACUCGAAAGUUCGAGCGAAUCUCCUGUUCCACAGCCUAAAAAGUCCAAGAAAGAGCGAGGCAAGAAAACUGCCAAACCGAAGAUAGUGUCUAGCAGCGAAUCGGAGGAGGACGUAGCUCCUGCGAAGCGUACACGAUCAGCUAAAAAUGUCAAGAAAGGAAAGAAGAAAGUACAGAGCAUAUCCAGUGACGAAGACUCUGCACCGGCGCAACAUCCUCACAUCUCACUAUCAUCAGAUGAUGAAUCAAGUGACCAAGGGGUGGUUGCUACCCCAAGGCGUAGCGGACGCCGUAGCGGACGCCGUAGCAGACGGCAUGCGCAGAUCACCAUUGAUAGUGAGGUGGACCUUGAAGAUUCAGAAGACGAACUCGCGCCGCCAAGUACGCGAAAACGCAAACGAACACCGGACGAGUCAGACAGUGAAGAAGAGAAUGACGGAGCUGCCAAAGGGAAUCACCAGGAGAAAAUGGACUUGCAAGAGGACCUGGACUUUCUGAAGUCUUCGCCGCCGCCUGAUAAAGGCCGACUAAGGAGCACUCAAUCCAAGCCCUUGAACAAGCGACAGGAAGCUUUAGAGGCCUUGAAACGUCGACGAGCAGGUAAUUCCUCUGUCGCGCCAUCAUCUUCUGCAACUCCCGCACGGAAGCGCGCAGUGAUAUUGGAGGACUCAGACUCUGAUGAGCUCGAGAUCAUUAGGGAAGACAAGAAGGAAGAGGAUAUUCGAGAUCAUAGUGUGCAAGAAUCCUCCGAGUCAGAAGAGCAGAGUGACGAUGCGGAAGACGGAUCUAGUACUCAAAACACAAAUCCGUUUGACAUGUUCAAGGAAAACGAAGAGGAUGGAGACUUCAUUGAUGAUGACGCGGAUGACCCGAUAGGAGCGCCUGCGGAGCUCACUGCUCUUCCCCUUGAGUUCAGCUCUCUUGGCCGUGCGAAACCUCGAGAGCUUUUCAAGUAUGCAGUCGAGUGGAUGGUGCAGAAAAAGAUCAAUCCGGCGUUCUCAUCCACGGACGAGAUAUACACGCUGUCAUUUCGCAAGCUGGAUGACGAAGUGAAUGGACUCGCCUCCUCGAAAUUCUCGUCUUCUGCCUGGACAUCCGGCUUCACCAGAGCGCUGAGAGCCAGGCCGGAUGUAACAAUAGACGAAAUUGGUCAGCAUAUCCGAGCUAUAUCGAGCCCACACUGCGAAGCAUGUAACCGCAAAACACACCCGGCGACCUUCAACAUAUGUUUUACCGGAAAGCCCUAUAAUAAAUCGACCCUUGAACCGCUUGUCGAUUCCGACACAGAAGAUUCAGACGAGUCAGACGUGAGCUCCGACUCAGGGGCAUCCACUGAUUCAGAUGCAUCGGAAUCGGGCUCGCGCGAGAAAAAGACCUACGACGCCACCGGCGAGAUUGUGCCGCCCGAGUCAAAAGUCUUCACCGUUGGAUCCACGUGCAAAGCAAACGCCCAGAUGGCACACACUUUGCACCAUUGGAGGCACCACCUGAACUCCUGGGUCAUCGAUUAUCUUGCAAGCAAAGGCCAUCUCAAAGAAAAGAAGGUGGCCAAGCGCGACAAGUGGAGCGUUGAGAAACGUCGCAAAAAGGCCGAUAAGAUAGUUGAUAAGAUGGAAAAGGCUGGCGAGAUACAAAAUCUCUACAGGCUUUACAAGGACCAGCUUGAUUACGCUCUCGAGGCUAAGAACGACUACAAGCGUGGCUGGGGCCGGAAGUAAAGUUGAACAUGGUCAUCUUCUACGGAGUAUUCGGUCUUGCAGCAGACCUGUGGUUUCGGUUUGGAAGUCAGCGUGGGAAUUGAAGCAACGUGACACGAUUUCCCUGUAUAGUUGAUUCUAUUGUGUCUAUUAGGAAACCUUCAGGUUUGAUUAUUAGGAAGAAGUUCUUGGUCUCUUUCACUGAAGGAUGAUAUCUCUGAGUGAAAUUACGACGAUCACGCGCUUGA